UUGAUCUAAUAUAUCUUAACCAAAAGAAAUAAAUGAAAAAAAAUCUAAGAUUAUAGAUUUAAAUAAGAUAUGUAUAUGAUUAACUAAAUUAACAUUUAUAUUAAAAUAUUAGUAUGAAAAUAGUAAAACUCACAAUAUUAACAGAAUUUUAUUUUUAAAUAUAACUAAAAUUUUAAAAAUAUUAUUACUGCGCAUGGUGCAAGAAAACACCUAGCUCUCCUUAUAAAUAUUCAUAUUUUGGCAAGAAUUUUAAAAUACAGUGAUUUAUUUUUGUCAAGAUAUUUAAAGGGAAAAUUUUAUUUAUACACUUUUUUUUGGUACCACUAUUCAACUUUACCACCAAUCAAAGGACAUUUUCAUAAAUACCACAUUCAUUAAUGGGUAAAUGACUAAAGUGACCCUAACUUAUCUAGGUUUCUUCCAAAUCAUCAUCUUUUUCUGGAGAAAGCAUCCACCGAUGAUAGAAAGCAUCUUCUCUCUCACGUAACCGUCGACAAGAGCAAUCACACUCUCGAUUACAGAGAAUCAAGACUCCUUGCUUUACCUUCACCCCCCGAUUCUCUUUUGGCUCGUGACUCUAAGUUUAUCUUAUUCACCGACUCCAAGCUUCAUCUUCAUCUUCGAUUAUGGAGCUUCAUCUUCGAGUUUCGAGUAUGUUCGUCCUUCAUCUUCAUCUUUAAGUUUCGAUUCUUUUACUUUUGUUCUGUCAAGUUUAAAAAUUUAGAUCGAGAUUCAUAAUCCAAAACAAAAUUCUGCUUUUUCACAGCUCGUAUGUUUCUAAUUUGUGAUUUAUGUUUGUUUUUCUAAAGAUUAGAGUGGUUCUAGGUUAUGUUUCUUUAUGUUUUAUAGUGGUAGUUAUUUAAGAUAGUGAUUUAGGAGUUUACAGUGAUGGUGAUUUAAGAUAGUGAUUUAGGAUAGUGAUUAGGAGAUUAAAUCUAAGAGGGAAAGAGUAUUCAAUAGUUAACUUACAGUAAAAAAAUUAUAACCACUUAUAAUUCUUGGUUUUAUGAUAUUGUGAUAGUACAUCAAAACAAUUUAUGAGCUUUUAUAAAGUAAUAUUUGAACAAGAUAUAUCUAUAAAAAGGUUUAUAAAACAUAAAAGAAUAUCUUCUCUUAGACCGUUUAUAAAGGUUUAUAAAAGUAAAAGAAAGAUCAUGUAUUAGAUUUUUAAUAAGAAUGCUAGUUGUAAUACAUGAAUAUUUUGCUUAGUUAAAGGUUUUCAAAUUGUAUAACUUAUCAUUCAGCUGAUUUUGUUGAUAAGGUUUUCUAGAAAGGAAUAUUCUUGAUAUAUUCUUUUCUAAUUUUACAAAUAGUACAUUUUAUUUGUGAAAGUUGAAAACCAACCCAAUUUAGUUUAACAUUUAUAAAAUUAUGAUAUUAUUUACACUGAAUAUUUUUAUAGAAGCUAUUAUGUAAAUAAAAAAUAUGAUUAUAUAUUUAUAUAAACAGUACAUUUUUACUAAAAAAUAUUUAUUUUGGUUAUAAUUGUUCAAGUAAAAAUUUAUAGGAUCAUUUUGUGAAUAAAAAAAGUAUGCCUCUAUUAUUGAGGAAUGCUAUUUAUUCCUUUAAAUAUAGAUGUGAAAAUAGCAAUCUCUAUUUUAGAGGAAGAAAUAUAGUAGGGUUCGAGUGAUUUUACCUCUAAAUGCUAUUAUAGAUGCAAAUAUAAAGGUGAGUUGAAGAUGCUAGCAAUCUCUAAAUAUAGAGUAAAAAAUAGAGGAAUGUUAUUUCUUCCUCUAUAAACAGAGGAAAAUAUAGAGAUCUCUAUAAUAGAGAAAAAAACAGAGGUGGGUUGACACAAUUUCACCUCUAAAUGCUAUUAUAGAGGUGAAAAAUAACAAUGAGUUGGAGAUGCUAUACACAAAACUAAACACAUAUAAGUCAAAAUUUAAUUUUUCAAAAUUAAACUUAAGAUUUCAAAAUCUAACCCUAAGUAUAGAUACAAUACUACAACAUAUGUUACCAAACCCUUUACCAAAUAAUACUAUGACAUGCUACAUUCACUCGUCUAUGUUGAAAACAAUUUAGUUUUAUUAUAUCUUAAUUUAUAUCGUUUACAAAUGUUUAUAAUUACAUAAUUUCAACUUUUCCCAUCAAAAUAUUUUUUAUAAAAUUUAUAAAUAAUUUUUAAGGUCUACUAUACGAGAAGACUUACAGAAUUUCAGAAGACUUUACGAGGUUAUAUUCUUAAAAAUGAAUUCUAUUUUUUUUUGGUCAUAAGGGACUGGUUGUAAUUUCAAUAGCCUUUUGGGUUACUUUUGCAUUUUAUUCAAGUUUGAGUAUAUUUUUGGGGUUAAAAUCAAAUUUUGAGUCAUAUUUGGCAAAUUUCCCAAUUUAUGUUGUGUAAUAAAGUCUUUAUUAACAUUAAUAAAUAAUUAAAUUUGUGAAUAUAUAAUUAACUAUGAAUCAAAAAUAAUAAUUUAAUUAUUUGUUAAUAUUGUAAUAUCCAAAAAAAAUAUUGAAAAAAAAAAUCAAAUUUUGGGUCAUAUUUGGCAAAUUCCCCAAUUUGUUAAUAUUGUAUUAUCCAAAAAAUAUAUUGUAAUAUUGGGGUUAAAAUCAAAUUUUGAGUUAUAUUUGGUAAAUUCCCCAAUUUGUUAAUAUUGUAAUAUCCAAAAAAAAUAUUUUACAUCAUAAAUUUAUUUAAAAAUUAAAAAAAAUGAUUAAUCCCUAUAUAUAUUGUUUAUAAUUUUAGUUAUACAUAAGAGUUUUUAAUUCUAUUUUAUAUGAUAAAAGAUAAUUUUAUUAUACUGAAAAACUUUAUGAUAUGUAAAGAAUUUGAUAUUUUAUCUAUUAAAUACAUGAGUGUUUUUAGUUAUUAGUUUACGCAGUAAAAAUAUUUAGGUUAUUAUGAAAAAACUUUGUAUAUAUAUUGAUUUUUUUUUAAAAAUUUAUUAUUAGAUAUUUUGAAUAUAUGUGCAAUAUAUUGUAAAUAUUUGUAAAAAUAUUAUGUAUGCAUGUGCGGCCAAAACACCUAGUUAUUUAUUAUGUCCGAUCAAAUAUCCGUGUUUGAAAAAAGAAAAAAAAGAAUAAAAAAAAUCGGAGUUUGAUUGACCAAUCGAAUUAAGAUGAAUUUGAUAGGUCAGUUUUCUUCAAAUAUCUGUAAUAUGUCCAUUAUUUCCAUUGUCCUUUAUGAUUUAGGAGUUAAAAGGCGAGAAGGAUUAGGAAAUUUAGUUAGGUUGAUUAAGUCCUCGUCACUAUAUAUAUGGUGGAGAUGUUAGGCCAAAAACCCAUUCAUCUUCAUCAUCUUGUCCUUGUGAAGCAAUACUUUGUUUUCGAAAUCUAGUUUGAAACUUCUAAUUUUAGAUCUCCCUGAGUCCCGAGAUAUGUCUGCGGAGAAGACUAAUGAAGAGAUCGUUACUCGUGGCUUUGUGAAGCAAUACUAUCAUACUCUUAAUGAAUCACCUCAGUUUCUUCAUAUGUUUUAUAAAGAUUCUUGUUUAUUUAACCGACUUGGUCCUUUAACCCAUGUCAAGAAAACUGUUUGGACUAGGAAAGACGUGAAAGAUGAGUUUCUGGCUGUGAAGUUUGAAGAUUUCACGGCUGAGGUUGAAUAUUCACUUGGUGUACCAUAUCCAAUGGAACAUGGUCGUAUUAUUGUGUUCGUCAGUGGACACUUGACGAGGAAGAAAGAUAACGUGAGGAACAAGUUUAGUCAAACGUUUCUUCUGGCUCAACAAGACAACGCCUUCUGUGUCGUUAACGAUAUUUUCAGGUUUAAAAAAGGGCAGACACAGACCCAGACGUGUUUUUUAACUGAGACUGAGUCAAUGUCGGAGCCUGAACGGGUUGCUUCGCGAUUGCCACUUCCUGACGAACUAAUUAGGGAGCUCAGUUUCACUUAGUGGAAGAACUCCGAACAAAACAGAACCGGUGGAGAGGACAAGUGACCAAACAAGCCAUUAUGUUGUACAAUAUGGGGAACAAAAUUUUCAAUUAUUUCUUUUCAUAUUAAUUUCUUUUAUUAGUGUUUGUAUGUAAACAUAUAUAUAAUAUUUUUGAUGAUAUUAAUAUUUAUUUGAUAAAAAAGAUGAUAUUAAUAUUUAUUAAAAUAUUUAUAUUUA